GGUAAUCGGUGGAUUUGCCUAAUCCUAAAAACUAAAAGGUCGAACUGAGAUACUAUCGUAUGCUACCACGCCUGUCGACAAUAUGGAAACGGAGGAAUGAAAAUAAGGUCAAGGUACAACGAGCCAUCCAGCCAAAAACAAAUAAUAUUUCCGAACAACAAGCCAAAUGACAUUGCAUUGCGGUUCUGUGCUCUUACAUUCAAUUCGCCAUUUCCAUCACUCCCUUCCCAUACAUAUGAAAGCAAGCAACGAACGAAAAUGCAGAAAACUGCAUCAUCUUUCCGAUGGCAUUGAUUUUUCUUGUUUGCUGCAAAUAUCAUCUUCCUGAUGUGCCACUUUAUUCUCUUCCGCUAUUAUGUACCGUUCUCAAUGCCGGAAGACGACACACAGAGAUGAAAAUACAGAAACUGAGCACACCGCGUUCAAUAUGUCGGUGAACAGUCUCUCAUUUUCUCCCCAUCAAUUGCUGAUGGUGGUGGUGAUGGAGAAGCAUUUUACACGUAUCACACACGACCAUGACCUGUUUUAAUACUUUGCUCCAUAUUAUGAACUUAUUCGUCCAUUGUACCCGCAUAUGUCACAUUUGAAGGAUAUAAAACGGUUUUUCUCUCCUUCUCUCUUCCGUUUUCAUCCGCUCUGCAUACCGAAAAAAAGACAAGUUUUCCAGUUCAGUCUCGGAUUUUCACUUGGUCGGUUCGGAUUUCCUUCAUUCGUUUUUCAUGUGUGGUGCACAUACACACACUUAAUGCGGAACAAGGAAGUGGAAAGUAGAUUUUUGUGUGGUGAUGUUGUUGUUGUAAAUGAAAAUUAUUAAUUUUCAUUGUCAGUGCUUUUUCCUGCCUUGUCAAGAUAAAUUGUUUGAGUGAACCGUGUGAACCUUGUGAUGGAAUUGGAUUUUUUUUGGUUGUUCGUUUAAAUGGAGUGAAGUGUGAAUAGAAUUGUUUGAGAAGAAGAUUUGUGUCCUUUUGGUAUCAAAGAAAGAUUAAGAAAAAAAAGGGAAUUCGCGUAUACCGUUCGCCUUGCAUGGAAAAUUAAAUUUCUCUCGCAGCAAGGAAAAAUGUGUAAAUUAAAGCUCAGCGCUGCGGUGGUAACAGUUAUUUGCAUAUAAGGACACUAUGACUCAUGUCUAUCAUUUUUGCUAAUGUCAGCCAGCCCUAUCAGGGGCCGGCGACGAAUGGAGCUUCCCACUUCAUCAACAUAUUCGACUGAUGGAAACAGCGUUACAAUCAGUACUCUGCAAAUAACGCUACAAAUCCAGAAUCCAGACACACCAGAUACUCCACCAACGCCAGUCAGUCCAAGAGAAUCGAUCAGCCCGGACGGAUUAACACUCAUCAGUUCCGAGUCAAGUGACACGGCCGUAUCAGAACAACAAUUUGCUACAGCCGAUUCGAAUUCAAAUUCAACAGGUGUACCGUCAAAACAAUUCGUUCCGUGUAAAGUGUGCGGAGACAAGGCGUCUGGUUAUCAUUACGGUGUAACAUCCUGUGAAGGUUGUAAGGGAUUCUUUCGCCGGAGCAUUCAAAAGCAAAUCGAAUAUCGUUGCCUUCGUGACGGAAAAUGUUUGGUUAUUCGACUGAAUCGUAAUCGUUGCCAAUUUUGCCGAUUCAAAAAAUGUUUAGCCGUUGGAAUGAGUCGAGAUUCUGUUCGAUAUGGCCGAGUACCAAAACGAUCACGUGAACUUUGCGGCAACGACGACAAUACGUCCGUACGCGUAACAACGCCGACAACGCCGUUAACACCCACUACACCACAAAUGUGUUCAGUAGCAACACCGCCGGACAUAAGUCCAUUGGCACCCGAUCCCGAACUGCCCGGUUCCACCGAACUGUCUGUAUACGAUGUAAUUUUAUGUGUGUCACAGGCACAUCGUUUACAUUGUACGUACAUUGAUGAACUGACUAGAGGCAUACAACGGCGACCGAUAAAUAUACCAAUGACGAUCAUGAAUAACGUUGACUGUGAGGUGACGACAUCACAAACCGAAUCGCUGGAGAACAAGAAAAUAUGGCUCUGGCAGCAGUAUGCAUCUCGUAUAACGCCAAGUGUACAACGUGUCGUUGAAUUUGCUAAACGGGUACCUGGUUUCAGUGAUUUUUCCCAAGACGAUCAACUCAUAUUAAUUAAGUUAGGAUUUUUUGAAGUCUGGCUCAGCCAUGUCACGAAAAUUGCCACCGAAGCUGAUGCAUUGUUAACGUUCGACGAUGGGAGCUAUUUGACGAAAGAACAAUUGGAAAUACUGUAUGAUAACGAAUUUGUGACUGCAUUUCAAAGUUUCGCGACCGGUCUGAAGGGAUUCGGUCUGAGCGACACGGAAGUGGGCCUGUUCUCCGCAUUGGUACUGUUAACAUCACAACGAUCUGGCAUCACUGAACACAAACAGAUCUCGCGAAUACGCGAGAAAAUUGCCGAAGCACUGCGUGUACAAAUUGUUCGAUCGCGACCCGGAUCGACGGUAUCGUUACAAUUGAUGCCAGCAUUAGAGGCCAAAAUCCCAGAACUGAGAGGUCUCGGUGCUAGACACUGUACACAUUUAGACUGGCUGCGAACGAAUUGGACACACAUAAGAUUGCCGCCAUUGUUCGCCGAAAUAUUUGACAUUCCCAAGAGUGAAGAUGAUUUAAAUUGAGUGAAAAAUGAACUGCAAAUUUGGUUGUAAACUUAGGUGAUCUCUAGAAUGUUGCAUGACAAUUAUUGACGAGACAUUUUAGCUAUUAUGUAAUAGACAGCUCGUCGAUUAUAUUUAUUACUAAACAACAGACAACAAUAUGGAAAAUUAAUGGAAUGAUCUAAUCAACUUAACUCAUAUUAACGAAAAUCCAUUCAAAAACACCAAAUUCAGAGUGUGAGGUAUUUCUAAUCUGCAAUGCUUGUGUGACUCAUCAGUUAGUGCACGAAAACAAUUCGAUAAAUUUGUGACAAACUUUUAAAAUUCUGGUUGUGAACAUCGUUUGAACAUGUGCUGAGAAUUUUACUGUUCAGGUUAUGGGCCCAGUUUCUAAUUUCUACGUUAGAUCGUGGUCCUCAGAUGUGUGCAUUAGAAUUGCUGCUUAUCGUCUAUGGAUUUUGAGUAACGUUCAAUAAAAGAAUUCCUAAAGAAAGAAUUUUGGAACUUGCAGCCACCGGAAAAGUUUACUUUAUUUUUGCCAAUGUAAAAAAUUGAAAAUUUCACUUUUUCGCACUGUCUCGACGGGAAGAACUAGUAGGGAAGUCUUUAUGAGCGGGAUGAACUUGUUCGUAAGCCUUUAUCAGCGGGUAGGAAAUUAUCGGGAAGUCUUUAUCAGAGCGAAGAACUAACUCAUCGAGAUACUGCCCGAUGAAUUAUACUUUACCACGAGCUCGAGGGGUAAAUCACUGAUUUUAUGACAAGGAUUAUAUGGGAUUACAUGAGAAAGUGGAUUACCCCCUCGCACGAACUAUACUUCCCUUGAGUUACUCCUCCUGGUGUGACACUUUCUCGCAGAGUUCACAGACUCAAGAAUUUAAAACCAUCGCCUGCGACUGAUAGUUUCAGUGGUUUCAGCAGCUUUUGUUGAUCGAAAACCAAGGUGAUUCGCAGUUUGAACUCUUUGUGAUAGUCGUACCUUCGAAAAAGUCACAGUGACUUGUUUGAUUUACUUUGUCUCUAUUUGUCGUGUCACUCGCUCGUUUCGAGUCUACCAGAGAAUUGUGUCAGAUUCGCGGGUGACACAACGUCUAUUAAACGACAGUAGUUCGAUGCGGAUUUAUGUCGAAUUCAC